AUGUCUUCUAUUAACCACAAUGAAAUCGACAAACUUGUCGAAUCUUGGUUGUCAGUAGAUAUUAAUCCAGAAUCAAGAGAAGAAAUUCAACAAUUACAACAAUCUCAGCAAUACGAAAAAUUGGAUAAAAAAUUAUCCCAAAGAAUAGCAUUUGGCACUGCCGGAUUGAGAUCAUCCAUGGAAUCAGGGUUUUCACACAUGAACGACGUCACUGUUUUACAAGCAUCACAAGGUUUAAUCAAGUAUUUACUCAAUGCAAAACCAACUUCAAUUGUUAUAGGAUAUGACCAUAGAUACAAUUCUCAAAGAUUUGCUGAAAUCUUGGCUAGUGUCGCCAUUACUCAGAAUGUGAAAGUUUAUUAUUUGGGAUCAGUUGAAAACUUUUCAAAGGAAACAUUAAAGUUAACUAAAGGUGAUAUUAAGAACAAUGAUGCUGCUGACAGGGGAUAUGUUCACACUCCGUUGGUUCCAUUUGCAAUUGAUCAUUUCGGUGCAACUGGUGGUGUUAUGAUUACUGCAUCUCAUAACCCAGCUAACGAUAAUGGUUACAAAGUGUAUUACCUGAAUGGCUGUCAGAUCAUUCCUCCUGUUGAUAAAGAAAUUGCCGACUCUAUUGAUAAUAAUUUAGUUCCAUGGGAUGGCGUUUGGGACGUUUACAAGAACAUUAACCAAGCAGUUAAAGAUGGCUUGUUGGUUUUAGUUAGAGAUGAGGUUAUCCAAGAAUACCUUAAAGGGGUCCAUGAUAAACUAAUCAAGAAUAAUAAUUUAGAUUUCAAUUUUGUAUAUACUCCAAUGCAUGGGGUUGGAUUAGAAAUUUUUGAAAAAGUGAUUGGGUUAUUCCAUAGUUCUCAGUGGAAAGCCGUAACUGAGCAGGCGCUCCCCGAUCCGGCAUUUCCAUCGGUUAGUUUCCCUAACCCCGAAGAAAAAGGUGCACUUGAUUUGGCAAUAAAAACUGCCAAAGAAUCAGGAUAUAAAUUGGUUAUAGCCAAUGAUCCAGAUGCUGAUAGAUUCAGUGUUGCCGUUGCAACAAAAGGCCAAUGGAAACAAUUGACUGGUAAUGAGAUUGGAUUUUUAUUUGCCAUGUAUAUUAUUGAACAACAAAAGACAUUGGGUAAUGUAUAUUUAGUUAAUUCUACUGUCUCAUCACAAAUAUUGAAAGCAAUGGCUGAAAAAGAUGGGUUCCAUUUCCAAGAUACCUUAACUGGGUUCAAGUGGAUUGGAAACAAAGCUAUUGAUUUACAAAAAGAAGGCUACAAUGUUCCAUUCGGAUACGAAGAAGCAAUUGGAUUUAUGUUUGAUUUGGUUCAUGAUAAAGAUGGUGUUUCUGCUGCUGUUAUUUUCUUACAAUUAUACCAAAAAUGGUUCAGUGAUGGAACAGUAGAUGUCACUGAUAAGUUACAAGAAGGCUAUGCCAAAUAUGGUUGGUUCAAAGACUAUAAUGGUUAUUAUAGACUCAGUGAUAUGUCCACAUUAGGUAAAAUCUUUACCAACAUUAGAGGUUCUUUCAAUGGAGAUUAUCCUGAGAAAGUAGGUGAAUUUGAGGUUACUGCAUGGAGAGAUUUGACAGUUGGAUAUGAAUCUACCACCAAAGAUCACAUUCCUAUUCUUCCAGUUGAUUCUAGUUCUCAAAUGAUUACAGCUGAAUUUAGAUUACCAGAUGAUAAAGAUGCUGUUGUUAGAUUUACAUGUAGAGGAUCGGGUACUGAACCUAAAUUGAAACUUUAUGUUGAAGGAAAAUCAGUUAAGAACGAGAAUAGUGCAGUUGAUAUUGCUGUCAAAUGUUGGGACACAUUAAAAGAACACUGGUUUAAACCGGAACAAUACAAUUUACAAGAAGUAAGACCUUAG